AUGAUGGACUCGCACAAGCAGCAACUCUUUUCCCUCCUCUCUCUUUUCCUAAUUCUACAUCUCUCAGGACAAAGGUUGCUGCAAGCAGAGGCUCGCCUUCAACUUCGCCACCUUAAUGAUCAGCCAACGAAAUUGUUUGUUUUCGGAGACUCCUAUGCUGACACAGGCAACAUUAGGAAAGGUUUAUCUAAUUCCUGGAAAGAUCCUUAUGGCAUCACCUUUCCCGGCAAGCCGGCCGGUCGAUUCUCCGACGGCAGAGUCCUCACCGACUACAUCGCUAAGUAUUUGGGAGUGAAAUCGCCAGUCCCCUACAGAUUGAGGAAACUGAUGCCGCAACAUCUGAAAUAUGGGAUGAAUUUUGCUGUUGGUGGUACUGGUGUCUUUGACACCUCAGCUCUAGGCCCAAACAUGACAACCCAGAUUGAUUUGUUGCAUCAGGUCAUCAACGACAAAGUGUACACUGCUUCAGAUCUUAGCAACUCAGUGGCGCUCAUUUCUGUGGCUGGAAAUGACUACAGUCAUUACUUGGCCACAAAUGGCUCUGCCCAGGGAUUACCGUCUUUCGUGGCCUCGGUGGUUAAUCAGACAACAACCAAUCUGAUUCGCGCCAAAGGGUUGGGAGUGAAGAAAAUUGUUGUGGGUGGUUUACCACCCCUUGGAUGCCUUCCUGAGAUAACAACGACAUCCUCAUUUCAGCAUUGCAACACAACCUUUAACGCCCUCGUGCUUCUCCAUAACAACCUCUUAAACCAAGCUGUGACCAGAUUGAACCAAGAAACCAAGGAUCAUUCGGCCUUCGUAAUUCUUAACCUUUACGACAGCUUCAUGUCAGUGCUGAACCACCCAUCCACACAUAACAUUCAGAACCAGUUUAAGCCAUGCUGCGUUGGGGUAAGCAGUGAGUAUUUUUGUGGGAGUGUAGACGGGAACAAUGUGAAGAAAUAUCAGGUCUGUGAUGAGCCCAAAUCCGCUUUCUUUUGGGAUCUGGUUCACCCCACCCAAGCAGGAUGGCACGCCGUGUAUAACAAGUUGCGAGCCAUGAAUGCUCUUCAACAGGUUCAUUACUAGCUCGGUGGAAG